AUGGUUUUUUACUUCACGAGUAGCGUUGUAGCUCCAGCGGUUACAUUAUUCAUGGGCGCUGAUAAACAUGAAAAUGAAGACUUGAUAAAAUGGGGAUGGCCUGAGGAUGUAUGGUUUCAUGUUGAUAAGGUGUCUUCGGCACAUGUUUAUCUUAGACUAGCACCAGGCCAGACAAUAGAUGACAUACCAAAUUCUGUACUAGAUGAUGCUUGCCAACUAGUUAAGGCAAACUCAAUUAUGGGAAAUAAAAUGAAUGAUAUAGAUAUUGUUUAUACAAUGUGGUCAAAUUUGAAGAAAACUCCAAGUAUGGAGGUUGGUCAGGUAGCAUUUCACAAAGAUAAAGAUGUGAGAAAAGUAAGAGUAGCUAAAAGAUGCAAUGAAAUUAUUAAUAGACUGAAUAAGACAAAAAAAGAAGCAUUUCCUGAUCUUAGACUUGAAAGAGAAACAAGAGACAGAUUAGAAAGAGAAGAUAAAAAGAAAGUUUUAAGGGAGAAAAAAGAAAAGGAGAAAGAAGAGGAAAAGAAAAAGAAAGAGGAAGCAGAGCUGAAGAGCUAUUCCACAUUAAUGAAACCUGAAAAUAUGACAACAAACUAUGAUGGGAAUGACUCUGAUGACUUUAUGUAA